UUCCACUUCGCACGCUGCAGUACACUUUCGACCGAGGAGUAGAGCGUUUGCUAAGAUACCAACCAGCAGAGGGUUUGCAAGAUCGGUUCACCCCGGGAGUGCUUGGUGAGAAUAAAAAGAAGAUUUUUCCAGGAACAAAAUCAGUUCAAUCAGUGAGGUCCUUGCACCAGAGUGAGCAAGUUCGGUUCGGAAUUGCUUGUGGUAGUCUCGAGAAGUAAAGGCAUUUGGGAGUGCGUUCCUGAGUGGAAUUUACAAACGUGGUGAAACUUAAUCCUAACUACGCAUCGGAAAAUACUGAUUGCUUGGAAAAAAGGAAAAGCUGAAGAAAAUAAUAAUUUUAUUACGGUGUGCGUGAUUUGUGUUGCGUUCUGCUGUUUGAGGAGUGGAGUUGCCUCCUUCUAGUGAACAGUGGGUUCCAAACCAGUCUGAAAAGGAUUCUUGAAUUGAAUAGAUAGAUUUUGGGUUGCUCCUGCUCUUCCGACGGUGAAUCAAUUUUACAGCAGUUAAAAGGCACUAUAAUAAUCUCCCCGUGAGUCGCAAGUAAAGCAGAGCGGAUCAGGGGAAGAAAAAGCUAUCUAUUUCCACCCACCACCCAGCCACAAAAUGAAGGCAACCGCGCUGUGGGCGGCCAUCGGAGCGAUACUAAUCUUCAGUGGUACCGCGAACGCAUGGGGCCGCAUAUUCAACAGAUUCACGCCGGAAAUGUUGGACAACUUGGGCUACGGCAGUCACGGUGGAGCAUACCGGCCGCAGGCUUUCCUCCAGAAUGAAAUCCUAGACGAAGACCAGCAGAGCCAGCGUGUCGAAGACGAUGGCUGCUACGGAAGAGCGUGCUACUCCAACGAAAACUGCUGUCCCGGGCUCGUUUGUGUGAAUGUUGACGGAGGUGAGCUCGCUCCCUACAUUUCCAAAUUCGUCGGCCACUGCGUAUUCGUGCUGGGGCGCAAGUACGGCGAAAUCUGUCGGCGGGAUUCCGACUGCGAAUCCGGACUGGUCUGCGACAUCUCGACGCUGAGCGGUGCCAGCGUUUGCCGGUCGCCGAUCGUGCUGGCCAAGCAGUACGCCGAGGAUUGCAUCACAUCGAGCGACUGUGAUAUCACGCGAGGACUGUGCUGCCAGGUGCAGAGAAGACAUCGACAAGUGCCCCGUAAGGUCUGCUCCUACUUCAAGGACCCUCUGCUGUGCAUUGGAACUGUUGCUGCCGAUCAGGUCAAACAUGAGAUCGAGCACACCGCAGGCGAGAAACGAAUCAUCUACAACAAGCACUAAACCGCUCGGCAAAGUAUUGCAAUGAAUUGUUUGACAACGUGAUAGCAGAGAAUCCACUUAAGUAACAGACAAAAUCAGCGACAAAAAGAUACACACAAGAACAUAAUCAAAAUACCACAAACAGUAGCGUUUACUUAUAUACACCAUUGUACAGAAUGUGUUUCCCAAAUUUUAACUGCAUAGCAAAGCAUUUAUCGACCUCAUGUUUAUGUUGAACCUUGUAUGUUGGUAAAACUGUUGAGUUUCAAAAUGCUUGAAAAAAAAAUAGAAUCGUGAAUAAAUAAAUAACUUCUACCUUAGACGGUAACUAAAAGUGCGGAGAAGUCUAAGGCGAGUCCUAGCCUAUUGAAAAUGUAUUUACGGAAAUAGGUUUAGAACUUCAGGAAUGUUUCCAUACCUUGUGGUAAUGUUAAAUAAGAGAGUAUGUGUAUGAGAAAAAUGUGAAACAACUGGAAAUUCAAAGUAGCACACAAUAUUACAUCAAAAAAUGAACUAAUACAUAUCAAUCAAUGUCCUUAUUGUCCUUGCCGAGAUCAAAUAUACUAAUAAUGAGGAAAAAAUUGAAAAAUAAAACGUUUACUUUAGAGUGAUCAUUAAAAUUUAAAUCUUAAGAGGUCGUGACUAGCAAAGCAAAAAGAUUUCGGAAGCCUGGCGAGUCUUUUUUUGUAAUGAACAGAAAAUACGGAAAUCGCGCAUGAAUAUUCAGCGAAACACUCCCUCCAAGAAUGAAUUGAUUAAUCAAAGUUUAAGUGAUAAUUAACUAACGAUGUUACCACCAAGCAAAAUUGUUAUUUCAAAAAGCUUCCUCAUUGAUACCAAAAUAGAAAAAAAACUUGCUCAUCUGUGAAAGGAUAAGGAUGACAAGGAAUCAUACCGCCGGUUCGUCGCUUUAAAGAAAGAUAGUGGUUUUGUCCGUUGAGCUCUAUUUUCAAAGCAAUUUUUUUAUUGUGCGACUAUAAAAUUGUAAUAAAACCACUUUUAAAUCUACGUUUGUAAAUCGUUACAGCCCAAAGAAUUUUUUUUUUGAUUGAAAUGCACAUCGACUCUAACCAAAUUAUUCAAAAUUUGGCUUAUGGCAAGGCUUGUAAUAAAACUUUGAUUGUUAAAUCCGUGGAUGUGGGAUAUUCAUAUACAGGCCUACGAGAUGAGUAUGCACUAUUCUAUUUAAAUCCAUCACCUUAAAUAUUGACAUAUUUGUACAUCGAUUUCAAGUGGAAGGUUGUUCAUUUGAAUUCAAUAUUGUUACAUGUUGUCAAUAAUAAAAAAAAAACUUCAGUGAAUUGUCAUUGACAACUCUAUAUCCUGAAAACCACAUAGAAUCAAUACAACUGUGAAUGAGAUUUCAUUAAUGUUACUCACUUUUCAAAUAAACUUCCACAUGCUAUCUUUUUUCAAGAGUCGCAGACCGGUGGAGUCAUUCGUAUGGCUAAAAAGUUCUUCUAAUCUUUUAUACACAACUCGACUACCAUAGAUUCAAAAUACAACUACGUCUAUACAGUAAUGAACGCAUCUUUCAACCUCAAUUAUUAAACAAAAAGAGACAAAAUGGGAAGCGUGAAGAGUCACAAAUAUUAUACUGAUAUAAUCGGUUCUUAUGCAAAGAAACAUAUCGUUAUAUUAAAUAAAACCAAAAUAAAUUAAAAGCAAAAUGAACAUAGAAUAAUAUUAAUUACCACGUAAGUUUAGGACCUAAACAACUAAACGACAAGAUAUCAUACUGGCUGAGGCAUUUACUUAUCGUAUGUUUAGUAUAUACUAUUAUAUAUAUGAAGAGGAUGAUUAAUAAUUAAGCGAAUCUUUAAAUCAAACUGAAACGAAAGGAUAUCCAGAAGAAGUUAUGGUUGAAUAUCACACUAUGGCAGCAAGAUCAAACAUGAAAUCGUUCACAUAUCUUCACAUUAUAGUCUUGAUUGCAACGGUUACGAAAUAUCUCGACUGAAAUUAAAUUAAGCGAAAGACGAAAAAUCCAACAUAAGAUAGACAACAAUCCGCUGAUAAUUUGAACAAAUAGAGCCUAAUGUGAAGCAUCAAACACUGAGUGAACUAUGAAUAACAAAUAUUUCCAUUCGAUGAAAUCAAAAUUGAGCCAAGACAGAGUAACAAAGGAAUUAUCUAACAGGAAGAUCCAAACUUUGUUAGAAUCACUCGGUAGGAUAUUGACAUAAACUCUUUAACGAAUUCGAGCAACAUUCUGGAAAGCAAAGCAAGUUAAAAAGAUCAAUGAGUCCAUCAACGUUUCCAGAACGUUGCUCGAUCCUGACCUAAAACUGACGCCAGCGGUACUCGCAUAACAGACAACUAAUUGCUUUUUAGGCCUAAGUUCAGACUAAAGAGUGAAACGGCACGUAAAAGCAAGCGAGCAGCCAUUUCUGCUUAGUGCAAAAAGAAAUGAAUCAGAGUAAAUGCAAACAAGUAACAUAUCAAAACUCUCAAAAUGGUGCCACAGAUAGUUCUAUAUUAUUGCUAAAGGCUAUCCUAUUUCUGCUACAGAAGUAGAUUAACAGACAAGAACGAAACAAACAACUGAUGGAAAACGACGCGCAAAGAGUAAUCAAUCAAUGAAGCACUUUUUAUCACACAAGCACAACCGUUUCGGUUUGAACACGAAAACUAUACUCACGCAUAUACAUGUACGUACACACAAACACGAAGAGCUAUUUUUCUGGAUUACAUACUCUACACUUUUGUCACACAGUGUAUUUAAAUUUAGCGAAACACGACAAUUUACAUUUUCUCACUCUUAUGUACAAAUUCAUAAACUCAAGUCAAACGGAAAUAAAUGCACGGCAGAAAAGGAUGGAUAAAAGACAAAACUUCAGAAAAUAUAUGUGUAUAUCUUUCAAAACUCUAAAA